AUGCUUGUGUCGAGUAAUUUUGCUGAGAUAAAAAGCAAUGUGUUUAAACGCUAUAGCAAGGAUAAUGUCCACAGUUUGGUAUAUUUUGAUUCAGUUGAGCGGUUCCAUAUUUUGGCAUUUGUCUUGUUUGUUUUAGCUCAAAAUAUCCUCGAAGCUGAGAGCCCUUGGUUUGAAAGUUUUCUCUUUAAUGCGCUUGUUGUUUAUGUAUGUGAGGUGAUGAUUGAUAUAAUAAAGCACUCGUUCAUAGCUAAGUUCAAUAACAUAAAGCCCAUUGCAUUCUCCGAAUUUCUAGAGGAUCUCUGCAAACAGACACUGAAUAUGCAAACGGAGAAUGGGAAGAAAAAUCUCACUUUUGUUCCACUGGCACCAGCUUGUGUGGUAAUUCGAGUUCUUCGUCCAGUUUAUGCUGCUCAUCUUCCGUAUGAUGCCAGAAAAGAAAGCUUCAUAGUGACUGAGGAAGGAGGGCGUUACUGCACCAAAAAUGUUUGUGGCCCGGCUGACCCCUACACUCUUCGUGCUUCGUCCGGUAGAUCAGAUUGCUCAAGCUUUGCUUCAAUGGGGAAUUUGCGAGUUUGCAUCGUGGCUAUUUUGUUACUACUAUGCGCAAAUUCCGGAGUUGAUAUGACAGAGAACCCCUUCAAAAUGUGCUUGUGGGAGGCACAUACAAGAAUUGCCAAAUCGCUUUUGCUCCAUUGCCUGCAAAAUGUCGUCGAACACGAUGAUUGA